AUGGGUAAACACACCACCAACUCAUCCUCGGCCUCCAUCUCCUCCAGUAAACGAAGCCUAAGCCGCCAAUCUUCAGCGUCUUCGUCCCUGGCGGAGAGGGUUGGAGACAGGGUUGCUGGUGAUUCCCCUCCACUCCGCCAGGACGUCGCCCUUCAGCCCCUAACAUCCACAUCCACGUCUGCAUCCUCAUCCUCUGCCAGGUCCACCGUGACUGUCUCACCCUCACACCCAGUCCAAGCCAAGGGUCAUGUCUUGCCGUAUCAGGCUCCGGCCUCUCAUAUACCUCCUCCAUCAUUAAGUACCGCUGCUACCCCAGCUGCAUUUGCAUUUGCAUUUGCAUCUACACCUGCAUCUACUUCUAUUCACGCUUCGGCUCCAACCUCAGCUGCUGUUCCACCGGUUCUCGUUGGUGAUCAAGAUGCGGCGCAGCCUCUUCAUCAUAUCGAUUCCGACGAUAGUCUAGAUGCCAUUUCUCAACCCAUUGACGACACUAUAGGUAUGGCUUCCAAGAAGACGCCCUUCUUGCGCUCCGCCGCCGCUCGCUCCGAUGCUGCUCCCUACGGUUCGGUCUCACUAACACCCAGUCGCAAUAAUUCACCCGCUGGUAGUGAUCGCUGGGAUCCCGAUUCCCACCAGCUUCGUCACGUUCCGGAUACAAUGCGCAGCGAGACCUCGCACCGCUCCGUCCUUGGCAAGAAAUCAUCCUCGAGGCUAUCCGAAGAAAUCGAUGGCGCCGUCCUAGUCUCGGGCCUUGAAGGCCGCCUGGGCAUUACCGAACCUACACAUACUGGUAUUCUCGAGGGUAGCAUGAAGGACGACUUGUCUGAAGAUGGCGCACUGCUGGAUGACGCCUCUUCGGCCGCAUCAGAUUCUGACUAUCAAGAAAACUCGCCUCACGAGGCUGUUCGUGCCUCUGUUCCGCCUACAGACAAUACCACUCUCUCCAUAAAUACGCCACGCAUGUGGUGUCUCUCUGUCAUUUUCGCCAUUCUAGGCUCUUCGACCAAUCUGUUCUUCUCCUUAAGAUACCCCAGUGUUGCCAUUACUCCAGUUAUUGCCUUAUUGCUUGUCCAUCCUCUUGGACAUUUGUGGGAUUUUGUGCUGAAGCGUCCUUAUGACCCCGAGGAGGAGUUUAUCGAUGGUGUACGGACGACUUCCGUCAGUGACGAUUCGCAUGGGCCGCAUAAGAUCAAGAGACGCACGCGUUGGAGGAGAUGGUUAGCGCAAGGUCGUUGGAACGAAAAAGAGCAUACUUGCGUCUAUGUUAGCAGCAAUGUUGCAUUUGGCUUCGCCUUUGCGACAGAUGUUAUUGUUGAGCAGACUCAGUUCUACAAUCAGGAAGCUCCUAUUGUGUACCAGCUUCUUCUCACUAUAUCCACCCAGAUUCUCGGUUAUGGCUUCGCAGGCAUAACACGCCGCUUCCUUGUUCGACCCAGUGGAAUGAUCUGGCCCGGGACUCUCAUGUCGGCAGCUAUGUUCUCGACGCUUCACAAACAGGAGAACAAACCUGCCGGAGGCUGGACCAUUAGCAGGUGGAAAUUCUUCUACAUCGUCUGGACCAUAUCCUUCCUCUUCUAUUUUCUCCCUGGACUACUUAUGCCGGCACUCAGCUAUUUCAACGUCAUUACCUGGUUUGCGCCCAAAAAUGUAGUUAUCGCAAACCUGUUCGGCGUCUCCUCCGGCCUUGGGCUCUUUCCCCUGACCUUUGACUGGGCGCAAGUGACCUACGUUGGCUCACCGUUACUUGUUCCGUUCUGGGCUGCUAUGAAUGUUAUCGGGGGUUUAGCUGUGGUAAUGUGGAUUAUCGCACCUAUUCUCUACUACACCAACGUUCUCUUCUCAUCGUACAUGCCGAUUCUUUCGGCUGCUGUUUUCGACAACACGGGCAAGGUCUACGAUGUCAGCAAGAUUCUCACGCCUGAUUUCCUCUUUGACCGAGAGGCCUACCAGAGCUACAGCAGAGUGUUCUUGCCAAUCACAUACGUGUUGAGCUAUGGUGUUCAAUUCGCUGGUCUGGCUGCUCUUCUGACGCAUACUGCCUGUUGGCACGGUCAGGAUAUAUGGAGGUCUUGGAAACGAGCACUUGAGGAGGCUCGCGAGGAUGGGCAGCCAAAGUAUGAACCGGUUGCGGAUUCUCCUGGGCCUUUACCACGGCAAUCGCUCGACGAGGACCAUAGGCGCAUGUCAACAUCCACUUCUCAUGUAGAUGGAAUUAUUAGCCGCGAAGAUAUUCACAGCAAACUCAUGAAGAGAUACAAGGAUGCCCCUCUGAGUUGGUAUCUAAUCACAUUUCUCUCCAUGACUGCUAUCGGCAUCUUUGUUGUUGAAUACUAUCCCGUCCAUUUGCCCUGGUACGGCCUCCUUCUCGCGCUUGGCCUUGGAGCUCUGUUUUUCAUCCCCAAUGGUAUCAUCAUGGCCGUCACAAACCAACACAGCAGCAUCUAUCUCAUCUGUCAACUUAUCUGCGGUGUUGUGUUCCCCGGUCGCCCCAUCGCAAACAUGGUUUUCGUUACAUACGGCUACAUCUCAUCAGCGCAAGGUAUCAAAUUCGCUUCCGACCUUAAACUCGGCCACUACAUGAAGAUUCCUCCUCGCAUCCUCUUUCUUGUUCAGAUCGUCGCGACACUUGUCUCGUCGCUGACUCAGAUUGGUGUGCUCAACUGGAUGUUCGCAAACAUCAAAGGCAUUUGCACUUCAGAGGCUCUCAAUGGAUUCACCUGCCCCAUUGCAAGAGUGCACUUCAACGGCUCCAUUCUGUGGGGUGUCGUUGGACCUAACGAAUUCUUCGGUCCGAAGGCCAUAUAUCGUUCCCUGGUCUGGUUCUUCCCCCUUGGCGCUCUCCUCCCCAUUCCCCUGUGGCUUUACUGUCGACGUAACACCUCUAGUAUUCUCCGCAAGGUUAACCUCCCUGUUAUCUUUGGCGCCAUGUCCUGGAUACCUCCUGCAACAGGCCUCAACUUCUCCGUCUGGGUACUCGUAUGCUACGUCUUCAACUAUCUUAUCAAGAACCGCCACAAUGCCUGGUGGAGCAAGUACACCAUGACCUUGAGCGCCGCCCUCGAUUCUGGGCUUGCCUUUGGUAUAGUAGUUGUCUUUUUCGGCUUCAUCUACCCUGGGCUUGCAAAGAACCUCAAGUGGUGGGGCACUGAAGUGUACAAGCAGGGCUGUGACUGGCAAGCAUGCUCAUAUAAUACCCUCCCAGAAGGUGAACGCUUCGGGCCCAAAACAUGGUAG